GUAACUCGCUGCCCCAAAAUAGCAAUUUCCAACGUCAACCUUGAAACAUCGUCCUACCCACGCUAAUCGUCUUCCAAUUUUCUAUCUUAGUCGUUCAUUGCCAACGUCCUUUGUUAUUAUCGACAGGACGGAUUCUAGCCGAGCCGUAAAGUCUGUAAUCUGGACGCAAUGACCCUCUAGGUCUGACCUCUCUUUGCUCUCUAUCCUCCUGUGCUGUCACCCCGCUUGCCGUUUCUCCUUGACACCUUUGGCGCCUUCGUUAACGCGAAUAUACCCUACUGCCUUCUCAUUUGACUGAAGUAGCACGCGGGUCGACGAUCCGCUCCAAGUAGACAAUGGGCUUCGGUGACUUUGAUUUCAUAUGUCGGCAGGCAUCGAUCCCUCUAUGCUCUUUGGUCGGGCCUCCCUCAACGGUGACGAACGGCGCACGGGGCUAUCUAGCCAACUGCUACUCCAGGAAUAUCGAAGUCGCAAAUACGAUCAUCUUUCAGGGAGCUACUGGUGUUGCGCAUAUUGCUGCUCUGGUAAUGACGGUGAUCAUGGUAAUCCAUGUACGGUCGAAAUUUACGGCUGUGGGUCGAAAGGAAAUUAUCACGUUCUUCUACCUUUACAUGGCCUUGACGAUGUUUUCGCUUGUCCUUGAUUCCGGCGCUAUUCCCCCUGGAAAUGCUGUCUUCCCGUACUUUGCAGCCGUGCAGAACGGUCUAACAUCCGCCCUCUGUACUUGCUUGCUCAUCAAUGGAUUUGUGGGAUUCCAGCUCUAUGAGGAUGGGACGACAUUAUCAGUUUGGCUUCUUCGACUAGCAUCCCUGGGAAUGUUCUCUGUUUCCUUCGCGAUUUCGUUACUAACUUUCAAGGGAUGGGCUGGGCUCUCGCCGACGAGAACUGCUGGGUUAUUCGUCGUGUUGUAUAUCCUGAAUGCACUUUGCCUGAUCAUCUAUCUACUAAUGCAGGUUAUUCUUGUCGUGAAUACUCUACAAGAUCGAUGGCCAUUGGGCCACAUCGCUUUUGGCACAUUCUUUUUCCUCAUCGGGCAAGUGAUUCUAUACGUCUUCAGCGAAACCAUCUGCGAAAAUGUUCAACACUAUCUGGAUGGCCUUUUCUUUGCAACUAUUUGCAAUCUUCUAGGAGUUAUGAUGGUUUAUAAGUAUUGGGACUCCAUCACGAAAGAAGAUCUUGAAUUCUCAGUCGGUGUUAAACAGAAUAACUGGGAAGUUAAAGAACUUCUAGAAGAUGACCGAAGGGCUACUGUUUACCAUGACAACAACUCCGAAUACGCCAGCAGCUUGUACCACCAGCGAACGUCCAUCUACGGCGGUGUCCCAACGAACUACUGAAGCCAUCCAAUUGAAACUAAUAUCUUUGCUAUUGUCAUAUUCUCAUAGAUUGUCACAUUACUCCAGCCCCUCUCUCUAGGAGGAUUCCUUUUUAUCUUUGUUGCUCUUGGCCGUUCUAGCCUCAUUUUCCUACAGGCUUUCUAAUUUUCAACGACAUCUUAAUGCUUGGUGUUCUAUUUGGGUUAUAUUGGCUGCCUCCAAUUUUUCUUUUAUCUUUUCUCUCCCUCUAUAUCUUGUUUUUUUCUUUGUUUUCUUUGUUUUAUUUUUUAUUUUAUUUCAACAUUUUUGCAAAUCCCUUCAUGUAUCAGCAAGACAAGUCACAUAUAUAUUAGUACUUUACUGUUUAUCACUCACAGAGACAUUUUAAUAAUCACAGCCCUGCUUUGAAAAAUCCACACCUCUUCCCUUUUCCUUUCCUUUAUUACUGACUCCCACUCCUGUAUGUGGGAACGAAAUACCUGCCGAGUCCACAUUAUAUUUCCGAAUCAAUUGUCCCUAGAAUUAGAAGACGCCAUCAUGUGCAAUUUUCCCAAGUUGUUUGCAUUUAAAUGUUGAAAGUUAGCUAGUCCUAUAUCAUGUAUAAAACAAAUGCUUUAUCGCAUACGGAAUUUCAGAGCAUAGAUGGCACAAAAGAUGUCUCAUUCUUCGUUGAGAACGCGAGAUACUCUGAUUAGGCAUAGCCAUGACCGUUGCCUUGAUCAGUACCGAUGUAUAGUAAAACACCCUACUGUAGAAACAUAAUAAUAACCCUUCCCUGGCAA